AUGGCCCCGCGCGCGCUCGCCGAGCCCUUGCUCGAUGCGAACGAUCAACGGUUUACGAUGUUCCCCAUCAAGUACCCGCAGGUGUGGGAGAUGUACAAGAAGGCUGAGGCGUCGUUCUGGACCGCCGAGGAAGUCGAUCUCUCUGACGACAUGAAGCACUGGGAAAGUCUCACCAAGGACGAGAAGCACUUCGUCACCCACGUGCUCGCGUUCUUUGCGGCGUCGGACGGUAUCGUGCUCGAAAACCUUGGCGUGCGCUUCAUGGGAGAGGUUCAAAUCCCGGAAGCUCGCGCGUUCUAUGGUUUCCAAAUCGCGAUUGAGAACAUUCACUCCGAAAUGUAUUCCUUGUUGAUCGACCAGUACGUCAAGGAUCCGGCCGAGAAGAGCCACUUGUUCCGCGCUAUCGAGACCAUCCCAUGCGUUAAGAAGAAGGCUGACUGGGCGUUGAAGUGGAUUGACUCCAGCGACUCGUUUGCCGAGCGUCUGCUGGCGUUCGCGUGCAUUGAGGGUAUCUUCUUCUCUGGUUCGUUCUGCUCCAUCUACUGGCUUAAGAAGCGCGGUCUUAUGCCGGGUUUGACCUUCUCCAACGAGCUCAUCUCUCGCGAUGAGGGCUUGCACCGUGACUUUGCUUGCCUCUUAUACCAAAUGCUCAACAACAAGCCGGACGAAGAAGUCGUGCGUAAGAUUGUCACCGAAGCGGUUGAGAUCGAGAAGGAGUUCGUGUGCGACUCUCUUCCGUGCGCGCUCGUUGGUAUGAACGCCGGUAUGAUGAGCGACUACAUUGAAUACGUCGCCGACCACUUGUUCACCUCCCUUGGUAUGCCCAAGGAGUACAACACGGCGAACCCGUUUGACUGGAUGGAACUCAUCUCGCUCCAAGGCAAGACCAACUUCUUCGAGAAGCGCGUCGGCGAAUACCAAAAGGCGGGUGUUAUGAACUCCAUCGGAGGUGGCAACGCGAACGCCUUCUCCCUCGACGAGGACUUCUGA